GAUCCAAGAUGGAAGCGUCCAUUUGAACAUCUCGCCUGAGUUGCUUGAUUGCACGCCUGCUUGUCCUUAGGUGUCGCGUUCGCAGCUGCUGCCCAUUCUUCCUCCGGAAUAGGGGAGGGAGAGGGAAUGAGAAGUUGCAGUGGCCGUGGAGUCACCGUGACCCACCCCGUCGCUGCUCUCGGGCCCUCUCGGCCCCCUCGCCUCCGGGGAGCAGCCGGGGCUCGCCGCGCCUGACGCGUCCCGUUACACAGAAAUAAUGUUGAUAUUUGGAACCCAUGUCGAACUUCUAUGAAGAAAGGGCAACAAUGAUUGCAGCCGGGGAUUUGCAGGAAUUUGUUCCUUUCGGUAGAGACCACUGUAAGCACCACCCUAAUGCUCUGAACCUUCAGCUUCGCCAGCUGCAGCCGGCCUCUGAAUUAUGGUCUUCUGACGGUGCUGCAGGCUUGGUGGGAUCCCUGCAGGAGGUUACAAUCCACGAGAAACACAAGGAAAGCUGGCAGUUGAGGAAAGGUGUAAGUGACAUUGGAGAAGAAGUGGAUUAUGAUGAGGAACUGUAUGUGGCUGGAAAUAUGGUGAUCUGGAGCAAAGGGAGUAAAAGCCAGGCACUGGCUGUUUAUAAAGCAUUUACAGUUGACAGUCCUGUGCAACAGGCAUUGUGGUGUGACUUCAUUAUAUCACAGGAUAAAUCUGAAAAGGUCUACAGUAGUGAUGAAGUAGAAAAAUGCAUAUGUAUACUGCAAAGCUCAUGUGUUAACAUGCAUAGCAUAGAAGGAAAGGAUUACAUAGCUUCUUUACCUUUUCAGGUUGCAAAUGUUUGGCCCACCAAAUAUGGAUUAUUGUUUGAACGAAGCAGUUCUUCACAUGAAGUACCUCCAGGUCCACCCAGAGAACCUUUACCUACUAUGUUCAGCAUGCUGCAUCCUCUAGAUGAAAUAACCCCACUUGUUUGUAAAUCUGGAAGUCUUUUUGGUUCAUCCCGGGUGCAGUAUGUUGUAGAUAAUUCAAUGAAAAUUGUUUUUCUCAACACUGACCCUUCCAUUAUAAUGACCUAUGACUCUGUUCAAAGUUUGCAUUCUGUGUGGACUCUUCGGAGAGUCAAAACAGAGGAAGAGAAUGUUGUUUUGAAGUUCUCUGAACAGGGGGGAACCCCACAGAAUGUGGCCACUAGUAGCUCCCUCACAGCACACCUCAGAAGCCUCUCCAAAGGAGAUUCCCCCGUGGCUUCACCUUUCCAGAAUUACUCCUCCAUUCACAGUCAGAGUCGCUCCACCUCAUCACCCAGUCUGCACUCUCGUUCACCUUCUAUUUCCAACAUGGCAGCUCUAAGUCGUGCCCAUUCUCCUGCCUUAGGAGUGCACUCAUUUUCAGGGGUGCAGAGGUUCAACCUUUCAAGCCAUAAUCAAUCUCCAAAGAGACACAGUAUUUCCCAUUCUCCAAACAGUAAUUCUAAUGGCUCCUUUCUUGCACCAGAAACAGAGCCAAUUGUUCCAGAACUUUGUAUUGACCAUUUAUGGACAGAAACGAUUACUAAUACAAGAGAAAAAAACUCACAGGCCUUCAAAGUGUUUAUUACAUCUGACUUGUGUGGGCAAAAGUUCCUGUGCUUUUUAGUAGAGUCCCAGAUGCAGUUACGCUGUGUAAAGUUUCAAGAGAGUAAUGAUAAAACCCAGCUCAUCUUUGGCUCCAUUACCAACAUACCGGCAAAGGAUGCAGCACCAGUGGAGAAGAUAGACACCAUGCUGGUCCUGGAAAGCAGUGGAAACCUGGUGCUGUACACAGGAGUGGUUCGGGUGGGAAAAGUUUUUAUUCCUGGAUUGCCAGCUCCCUCCCUGACAAUGUCCAACACGAUGCCUCGGCCCAGCACUCCACUUGACAGUGUUAGUACUCCUAAGCCCCUUAGCAAACUACUAGGAUCCCUAGAUGAGGUUGUUCUAUUGUCCCCAGUUCCAGAACUAAGGGAUUCUUCAAAAAUUCAUGAUUCUCUUUAUAAUGAGGAGUGUACUUUCCAGCAACUUGGAACUUACAUCCAUUCUAUAAGAGACCCUGUCCGUAACAGAGUAACUCUGGAACUAAGUAAUGGCUCCAUGGUUAGGAUCACUAUUCCUGAAAUUGCCACUUCUGAAUUAGUCCAAACAUGUUUGCAAGCAAUUAAGUUUAUCCUGCCAAAAGAAAUAGCCGUUCAGAUGCUUGUCAAGUGGUACAGUGUCCACAGUGCUCCGGGAGGACCCAGUUACCACUCAGAGUGGAAUCUAUUUGUGAUUUGCCUCAUGAACAUGAUGGGUUAUAACACAGACCGCUUAGCAUGGACCCGAAAUUUUGACUUUGAAGGAUCACUUUCCCCAGUCAUUGCACCCAAAAAAGCAAGGCCUUCAGAGACAGGAUCUGAUGAUGACUGGGAAUAUUUACUAAAUUCAGACUACCACCAGAAUGUUGAGUCUCAUCUUUUGAAUAGAUCUUUAUGUUUGAGUCCUUUGGAAGUUUCACAGAUAAAGGAUGAGGAUGUUUCACAGAAUCUCAGUUUGGAUUCUUCCACACUUCUCUUUACUCAUAUACCUGCAAUUUUUUUUGUUCUUCACCUUGUCUAUGAGGAGCUUAAGUUGAAUACCCUAAUGGGCGAAGGAAUUCGCUCUCUUGUUGACCUUCUUGUUCAAUUGGCAAGAGAUUUAAAGUUGGAGCCUUACAUAGAUCACUACUAUAGAGAUUACCCAACGCUUGUCAGAACUACUGGACAAGUAUGCACCAUUGAUCGAGGUCAAGCAGGAUUUAUGCAUCAACCACCAUUUUUUACUCCUGAGCCACCAAGUAUUUAUCAGUGGGUGAGUUCUUGUCUGAAGGGUGAAGGAAUGCCGCCCUAUCCUUACCUGCCUGGAAUCUGUGAGAGAAGCAGACUUAUAGUCUUGAGCAUUGCACUCUACAUACUGGGUAACGAGAGCUCUGUUUCUGAUGAAUCCUCACAGUAUUUAUCCAGAAUAACUGUAGUCCCCCAGAAGUCACAAGCAGAACAAGAGGAAAACAGAUUCAGUUCCAGGCAUUCUACAUCAGUUUCUAGUCUAGCUGAAAGAUUAGUUGUCUGGAUGACUAACGUAGGUUUCACUUUAAGAGACUUGGAAACUCUUCCCUUUGGAAUUGCUCUUCCCAUCAGAGAUGCAAUUUAUCACUGUCGUGAGCAGCCUGCUUCAGACUGGCCAGAGGCUGUCUGUCUCUUGAUCGGACGUCAGGAUCUAUCUAAACAGGCCUGCGAAGGAAACUUACCCAAAGGGAAAUCUGUGCUCUCAUCAGAUGUUCCUUCAGGAACAGAAACUGAGGAGGAAGAUGAUGGCAUGAAUGACAUGAAUCAGGAGGUUAUGUCAUUAAUAUGGAGUGAAGAUUUAAGGGUGCAGGAUGUGCGAAGGCUUCUUCAGAGUGCGCAUCCUGUUCGCGUCAAUGUGGUACAGUAUCCAGAACUCAGUGACCACGAGUUCAUUGAGGAAAAAGAAAACAGAUUGCUCCAGUUGUGUCAGCGAACUAUGGCCCUUCCGGUAGGACGAGGAAUGUUUACCUUGUUUUCAUACCAUCCUGUUCCAACGGAACCAUUGCCUAUUCCUAAAUUGAAUUUGACUGGACGGGCUCCUCCUCGGAACACAACAGUAGACCUUAACAGUGGGAACAUUGAUGUGCCCCCCAACAUGACAAGCUGGGCCAGCUUCCAUAAUGGUGUGGCUGCUGGCCUGAAGAUAGCCCCUGCCUCCCAGAUCGACUCAGCUUGGAUUGUUUACAAUAAGCCCAAACAUGCUGAGUUAGCCAAUGAGUAUGCUGGCUUUCUCAUGGCCCUGGGUCUUAAUGGGCACCUUACCAAGCUGGCUACUCUUAAUAUCCAUGACUAUUUGACCAAGGGCCAUGAAAUGACAAGCAUUGGACUGCUCCUUGGUGUUUCUGCUGCUAAACUAGGCACCAUGGAUAUGUCAGUUACUCGGCUUCUAAGCAUUCACAUUCCUGCUCUCUUACCCCCAACAUCCACAGAGCUCGAUGUUCCUCACAAUGUCCAAGUGGCUGCAGUGGUUGGUAUUGGCCUUGUAUAUCAAGGGACAGCUCACAGGCAUACUGCUGAAGUCCUAUUGGCGGAAAUAGGCCGGCCCCCUGGUCCUGAAAUGGAAUACUGCACCGACAGAGAGUCCUACUCUUUAGCUGCUGGUUUAGCCCUUGGCAUGGUUUGCUUGGGGCAUGGCAGUAAUUUGAUAGGUAUGUCUGAUCUCAAUGUGCCUGAGCAGCUUUAUCAGUACAUGGUUGGAGGUCAUAGGCGCUUUCAAGCAGGGAUGCACAGGGAGAAACAUAAAUCUCCAAGUUAUCAAAUCAAAGAAGGAGAUACAAUAAAUGUGGAUGUAACUUGUCCAGGUGCCACUCUGGCUUUGGCUAUGAUCUACUUAAAAACCAAUAACAGAUCUAUUGCAGAUUGGCUUCGAGCUCCUGACACCAUGUAUUUGCUGGACUUUGUGAAACCAGAAUUUCUCUUGCUUAGGACACUUGCUCGAUGCCUGAUUUUGUGGGAUGAUAUUUUGCCAAAUUCCAAGUGGGUAGAUAGCAACGUUCCUCAAAUUAUAAGAGAAAAUAGUAUCUCUCUCAGUGAAAUUGAAUUGCCUUGCUCAGAGGAUUUGAACUUGGAAACUUUGUCGCAAGCACAUGUUUACAUAAUUGCAGGAGCCUGUUUGUCUCUGGGUUUUAGAUUUGCUGGCUCGGAAAACUUAUCAGCAUUUAACUGUUUGCAUAAAUUUGCAAAAGAUUUCAUGACUUAUUUGUCUGCUCCUAAUGCUUCUGUAACGGGUCCUUACAACCUGGAAACUUGCCUGAGUGUGGUCCUGCUGGCUCUGGCCAUGGUGAUGGCGGGCUCGGGGAACCUGAAGGUGUUGCAGCUUUGUCGUUUCUUGCACAUGAAAACAGGUGGUGAAAUGAAUUAUGGUUUCCACUUAGCCCAUCACAUGGCCCUUGGACUUCUGUUUUUGGGAGGAGGAAGGUACUCUUUGAGUACAUCAAACUCUUCCAUUGCCGCCCUCCUCUGUGCCCUUUACCCGCACUUCCCAGCUCAUAGCACUGACAACCGGUAUCAUCUCCAGGCUCUGCGGCACCUGUAUGUGCUGGCUGCAGAACCAAGGCUCUUAGUGCCUGUGGAUGUGGAUACAAACACGCCCUGCUAUGCCCUCCUGGAAGUUACCUAUAAGGGCACUCAGUGGUAUGAACAAACCAAGGAAGAAUUGAUGGCGCCUACCCUCCUUCCAGAGCUCCACCUUUUAAAACAGAUUAAAGUUAAAGGCCCACGAUACUGGGAACUGCUCAUAGAUUUAAGCAAGGGAACACAACACUUGAAAUCAAUCCUUUCCAAGGAUGGAGUUUUAUAUGUCAAGCUCAGAGCAGGUCAGCUUUCCUACAAGGAAGAUCCAAUGGGAUGGCAAAGUUUGUUGGCCCAGACUGUUGCCAAUAGGAACUCUGAAGCUCGGGCUUUCAAGCCUGAAACGAUUUCAGCAUUCACUUCUGAUCCAGCACUUCUGUCAUUUGCUGAGUAUUUCUGCAAACCCACUGUGAACAUGGGUCAGAAACAGGAAAUUCUGGAUCUAUUUUCUUCAGUACUCUAUGAAUGUGUUACUCAGGAGACCCCAGAGAUGUUGUCUGCAUACAUAGCAAUGGAUCAGGCUAUAAGAAGGUUAGGAAGAAGAGAAAUGUCUGAGACAUCUGAACUUUGGCAGAUAAAGUUGGUGUUAGAGUUUUUCAGCUCCAGAAGCCAUCAGGAGCGGCUGCAGAAUCAUCCUAAGCGAGGGCUCUUCAUGAACUCUGAAUUCCUCCCUGUUGUGAAGUGCACUAUUGAUAACGCUUUGGACCAGUGGCUACAAGGUAUAAUUGUUUUCAAAGGGAAGAAUGCCAGUUUUAAACAUGAUUUUGUGUCUGAAGCAUUCUUGAAAGGGGAUGUGUGGCUGAUUUUAUUUAGAGGUGUGACUUUUUUCCUCAUUUCCAUUCCUUUAGGGAGCACAAGCUUUGCUGACCUGCUCUUCAAAUUUAAACAGCUAAAGAUGCCAGUGCGAGCUUUGCUAAGAUUGGCGCCUUUGCUCCUUGGAAAUCCACAGCCAAUGGUUAUGUGAUCACAUCUGGUGGUAAACCUACCUUGAACGUGACUUCUGCCCCCAAACGCUACCCAACAACAAAGCUAAAGAGUGUUUAUAAGUUUUAUAGCUAGGGGGAAAUGAGCUACACAAACCUCAAUGUAUUUUAAAAUUUAAGUGUUUUAAAUAUUCCAGCAUUAUAACAUAAUAUGAUAUAUAAAAGUGAGUUAAAGUUUACUUUUGUAAAUAAAGUUUUUUGGUUUGUUCUCAAAA